UUUCAAAACCAGCUUGACUACAAAAGUAAAUUAACUUUACUUUGAAGGUCAGAAACGGAAGUUAUUUUUCAUUUACUAAAGAAAACUUAACCAAAUAUCAGAUAGUCAAUGAGCCUCUGUGUAUUGUGCGUCCAGUCUUCUUAUCCCGGCUGAAACAUAUAAAGCAGACGGUGUUACAAUGACACAGGUGGAGAGUCAGAGGUUUCUUUAAAGCGGCGUAAAGAUGGAGGACGACCUGGUGUCGGAGGAUGAUAUCCUGCUGGUGUCAGAGAAGGAGCUCCAUGAUGCUGCAAAGAGGAACGACACCGAAAAACUUCAGGAGCUGAUCAGGAAGGGUGUGGACGUCAAGGCCAGGAAUAAAGUUGAUCGGAAAGCUCUGCACUGGGCCGCAGGAGCUGGAAACGAACAGGCUCUACGACUCCUCCUGGACCAUGACACUGAAGUGGACGAGAAAGACUCUUUUGGAAUGAAUGCUCUGCUCCUGGCCUCCUGGUUCGGUCAUUUGAAGAUCCUGCAGGUCCUGGUGUCCUGUGGAGCAAAGCUCAACUGUGAAAACAAAGACGGUCUCAGCAUGCUGCACUGUGCUGCUCAGCGAGGUCACAUCAGCGUACUGGAGUUCAUCAUGGAGGACCUGGAGGAUGUCUGUCUUGACAGAGUGGACAAGUUAGGGAAGACAGCUCUUCACCUGGCUGCUGAACACGGACAGUCUGAAGUGGUGGAGUUUCUGAUUGGAAUGGGUUGCACUCAUGCGUUGAAGGACAAGGAAGAGAACACGGCCGUGCAUCUAGCAGCCAAGUUUGGGCACACAGACGUCCUGCAGAAGAUCAUCGAGACGGGAGUGGACGUGGAUGAGAGAAACAUAGAUGGUCUCACAGCUUUGCAUCAUGCAUCUGAUGGAGGUCACUGGGAAUGUAUCAAACUGCUGCUGGAGUCCGACUGUGAUAUCAACACACAGACUAACAAGAACAUGACUGCUCUCCAUUACGUGGCCCAGCAUGGCUUCGACAGAGAAGCCCACUUGCUGCUGGAGACAGGGAUCAAUAUAGAUGCUGUAAACAAUCAACUCAACACAGCGCUGCACCUCGCUGUGCUCGGCAAUCACACAGAGGUCGUGCGUCAGCUGAUAGAAGCCGACUGUGACCUGGACAUCACUGACAGUAGACAACAGAGCGCUCUGCACAUAGCAGCAGAACACGGCUGGCAGGACCUGGCUGAGAUGAUCCUCAUCUCUGGUGUUAACCUCACUCUGACAGACAAGCAGGGGAAAACGUGUCUGGAGGUGGCAGCAAGAGGAAACCACAUCAUCCUGGUCGACAUGAUCAUCAAAGCUGAUCGUUUUUAUAAAUGGGAGAAGGAUCAAUUGGGCAGUGGGCAGGACUCCUGGGUGGGGAGAAAUCUGAGCUUUAAGCAGGACCACCAGCCGGAGACACAGCACAUCCGCUCGGUCCUGUGGAGCCUGGCCACCAAGCACCUGUGCCGGGGGGAGUGGAAGAUUCUAGCACAACACUGGGAGUUCAGCGAUGCUCAUAUACGAGCUAUAGAACAACAAUGGACGGGUAUGAAAAGCUACAAAGAGCACGGUCACAGGAUGCUGUUGAUCUGGCUUCAUGGAGUCGUGAUGGCGGGAAAGAACCCAAUCAAAGGCCUCUACGAGGGGCUGGUGGAAAUCUCACGGACGGACUUGGCAGAGAACAUCCGGCAGAAAGCGAAUGCAGAGACCAGCUCGACCAAAAUGUGCACUGCCAUGUGAUCAUCACACUGUGAGUGACUGUGAAGGCAACACUAUCAUUUCUGUCGUUUUCUCAAGAUCUCGUUAUCACGGGAAGACCAGCGUUGUAUUCUCAACAUACUGACAUACAAAAGUCGAGAUCUCAAGAACACAACCGCACAUUACUUAUCACGGGAAUACAGAGUUCCAGGCUCAUUAUCAUGAAAUAUACAGUUGACAGCAAGUUAUGUAUUCAUAUUAAGAGACCUCCAUGACCAUCAAAGUCUAAAAAUGAGAGGAGUGCUCUGCUGUCCAAAACAACCGUUAACUUUUCACAUGUUUUAUUCAUUCAUACAUUUGUCUUGUGGGAAAAUGUGUGUAGGGUGCAGAGCGUCGUCAUCCUCCACCACUUUGAAUGGAAGCUGUUAACGACCGUCUCCGUGAAGGCCUCAAUCAUCUCCUGCUUUCUGAACACUGGGACACAGUAUAAAUGUUAAAUGUGUUAAUCAUAAAAAUGAUCACACUCACUGAUGCUGGUGGAACCUGUGAAUAAAUUUAACAUAUACACUGAGUGACAUGCAGAGAAGGAAAUCGAUUAAAUGAAGCAAUAAUCUCUUUUUAUAUAUUAGAUGUACUUGAUGUAUAUGUACUCUUUUAAAAAUGUCUGGUUUCACUUCAUAACCAAGUUUUUAUCCCACUUGAUUCACAUUUUUAUGAUGAUUAUUAUGUCUUUUUAAAAUUGAUUUAAUAUGGAACUUUCUACUCUUUUUUUACACUGUUCUCAGUCUGUUUUAGUCAUCCAGAGUUGUGGACUUAUCCUGAUGUUUUCCUGAUAGUAGCUUUAAAUAUGAUCCCUCUGUGGGCGGCAGUAGCUCAGUCGGUAGAGGCUUGGGUUGGGAAUCGGAGGUUCGCCGGUUUAAGUCCCCGGGCAGACCAAAUCUGGAAAAUGGUCUGGUAGCUGGAGAGGUUCCAGUUCACUUCCUGAACACUGCUUAGAUGCCCUUGAGCCAGGCCAUGCACCCCCCCUCCCCCACUAGACCAGUAGCGCAGGCUGUGGACAACCCCCUCACUCGGACAUGUCUCCAUUAGUGCACGUCCAACAGAGUGUAAAAUUGAAUUUCCCCUUGCAGGAUUAAUAUAUAGGAUAUCGUCUUCUUCUUACUCUCACUUCUGCUCAGAAUGCAGAGGAUCACUCAGCUGCAGCUCACACUCUGUAGACAACUCAGACUGAAUCAUUUCACCACAGAAACGCACACAGAAACUUGCAGGUACACUUACCAGCGUCUUCAUUAUGCUUCAUGAUGUCAUAUGCAUUGACGUCAGGGUCUAAACUGUUGUUGACGAUGGUAUCUUCCCUGUCUUUGAAGGCAGCCGUACUUCGAGCUCUGCACUCUGUCUUUGUGGCCUUAAAGAAAUCUGUGUUUUGUUUCCAUCACGUCAGAUCUUCAUUCAGUCUGGCCAUCAUUGUUUGAAUAGAGAGAGCAGUAAUAUAAGCAGAUCGACCUCAGUUGAUCUAAAGCUCAAGUGGAAGGAAUGAAACAUCUCAGUUUCACAUUAUGGCUCAACGUUAACCUUCUGUCUGUAUUACAGUUGUAUAUGCAUCCUAUAGACUGAAGAUGUGAUGCAGUGAGUGACAAUAACUAAAAUGCACUUUGAGCCUUUUUCAAUCAGUUGUUCCAUACUUGAUACAAGUAACCACUUAAGGAUGGAGAUGAAUUCUUGAAGUCUCAAAAUGAGAAACAGAAAAGCACAAAACCUUCUGCCACAGGAUGAUGUAUUUUUUUUUUUUUUUAUCAGAUGUGCCUCUCUACUUGCUUUUUCUUCUUGAGUAGUUUACGGGAUUAUUUCACAGAUUUUUGUGUUCUUGUUUUAUGUUUUAUGUUUUAUGUUUUCACAUUUCUAAUUAAAGGUCUUUAUUUUGGGAUACUCCUUCUGUUGCCUGGUGUAAAAAAUGUUAAUGGUGUAAAAUAUAACAGCUAUUUUUGCAUGAAGUAAAACAACUAUAUACAUUCUGUCAUGGAUAGAAUCCCAAGGAAACUAGGUCACAGGUUUCCUGACCUGACGGCUGAUGGCGAUCAGCUCGGCUGGGAGGAUGGAGAGAGGGGUUGCAAUGCGUCUUUGCUCAGUUGGUUGUGUGAAUCCAGAGAGUCAACACCAUCAGUCGGCUUUCUGUGUUUUUAUUGUUGAAUGAAGAUCUCAGUUAUGGGUGUGUGUUGAAAAUAUAUUUUUUAUUUCGGCCAGUGACUCCUCCCAUUACCCCUCUGUUCUCUGACUCCGGCUUGUUUUGGACUCCAAUUUAUGUUAGUCUAUUAUUUUGAUGAAAUUAGUGGGUGGUUUGAAGGACUAUGCUCUUCUUCCAAUUUAAUGAAACCCAAGGCACACUAAAGCCCUGUUUCCACCAAGUGGUCCGGUUCGGUUUGGUACCCAUUUAUUGGCGUUUCCACCGUCGAAAAAUUGGGAA